GGACUAGUAGCUUCAUCUUAGAGAUACUAGUUAUCCGAGAAUCAAUAAUCUAUUACAUAUUUCUUCUUAUUAGUGAUUGAUUUAGGCAUCAGCGGAAUCAAACAAAGAAAUACAAGUCGGUUCCACGGAUACGACCUCCAUUUACUUUUACUCCUGGCCAUCUCACUCCUCUCGCUGCCAGCGACACGCAUCUACAUCGCCAUGAAGCGCAUCCUCAGCUCUUUAAGCAGGCGGUCGAGUCCGAAUCGCGAAAACAACCGCGCAUCAACCGGGUCUCCGGAAGACACGAUUCUGCGCGAGGUGAAAGCGUUCUGUGAGCCGAUGGACGGGCCCAACCACGAAAAUGGAACGGCCUUCGUCCACCUCCCCGCGAUCGUCGAGAGCGCCGAGUCGAGCCCCGAGGCAGCCAAACUGGCCGCCCGCCGACUGCAAAAGUAUCUCACGCUGGGCCGGAGUCGGCCAGGCUACAUGCAGUACAACGCCGUCAUGCUGCUGCGCAUCCUGAUCGAUAACCCGGGCCACACCUUCUCGCGCAACCUGGACGCCAAGUUUGUCGAUACCGUGCAGAACAAUCUCCGCAUGGGGAAGAACCAGAACGUGCGGCAGAUCCUAGCGGAGACACUGGACGGGCUUGAGGCGAACAGGUCCGGUGAUGCGGAUCUGAAACCGCUCAUCGAGAUGUGGAAGAAUGAGAAAGCCAAGUUUGCAAAGAGGGACGGCAAUCCACGCAACGAUAAUAUGCCAUACACGCUCCCUCCGCAGCAGCAUACCGGUCUACCACCCGCCGACGAGCUCGCCGCGCGCAUCUCCGAGGCCCAGACGUCGGCCAAGUUGCUCAUCCAGCUUGUACAAAGCACCCCCGUCGCCGAGCUACAGGGCAACGAGCUCACGCGCGAGUUCUGCGACCGCUGCCGCGCCGCGGUGCGCUCCGUCCAGGGCUACAUCGAUGCCACGGACCCGCCGCCCGACGAAGACACACUAUUCACACUUAUCCAGACGAAUGAUGAACUCUCCGUCGCGCUGUCCAAGUACCAACAUGCUGUCCUCAAGGCGCGCAAGGCGGACACCACCACCCCCGCUGGAAAUGUAGUAUACGGUCCUUCUUCCUCCUCAUCUUCCUCACAGCCGCUUGUCUCCGGUGCCGUUGCCGUGCCGACUAUUGCUCCGCCACAGCCGCGGAUUAGGAGUCAGGUUCAAGUUCAGGAUUCAAGUCUCAGCCCGGAGUCUCCCUCAGAGCCGGUCUCGGAGAUGUCCUUCCCGCCUGCACUAGAGGCAGGUCCUUCAGGAACAGAACCAACAGGCCCGCGGUAUGAGUACAACUCGGACGAGUUCCAGGUGCAGAAUCCCUUUGCGGAUUCGUAUGCGACGGGGUUGGCUGAGUCGAAGACUGCGAGCGUCAAAGCGGUAUAGACAUCUCUUGAUAUUUAUAUGAUACCUCUCUUGUAUUGCUAUUUCUUGAUGCUUCACUAUGGCAGAACAGUUGAUAUUGUAAAUACUAUAUAUUAAUCAUUCUAUUAAUCAUUCU